AUGCCCGAGCCGGACUCUCCCUCUGUGCUUUCGGGAGCCGUGGAGAACGGGACUUUCCUCGAGCUGUCCCCCACCCCCCUGUCCGCCUCGACCGACCCAUCCUCGGGCCACCUGUCCAACGUCUACAUCUACGUGUCCCUCUUCCUCAGCCUCUUAGCGUGCCUGCUUCUGCUCUUGAUCAUUGCCCUGCAGAGACUCAAAAACAUCAUCUCCUCCAGCUCCUCCUUCCCGGAGUACCCCAGCGACGCAGGCAGCUCCUUCACCAACCUGGAGGUCUGCAGUGUCUCCUCUCAACGGUCUACCUUCUCCAGCCUGUCACAGUGA